AUGAGGUCCCCAACCGAAAAUACAGCACCAAAUUCGGAUCUAGUGGAAGAAUUCGACCCUUCUCGGCAAGGUUCCCCCAAAGAAUCCUCAUCUCAAACUUCGGAAGAUAAAGGAGAAUCAGCAGUUUUGGAUGAGAAUAACAGCUUUCAUCAGCAAGAAAGGUCCGGCAUCAAUCAGCAAGAACUUAGUGAGCAAUACGAGACUCAACAAGAGCUAUCAGCGGAAGUUAAAGCUGGACAUGAAGAUUGUUCCUUUCCAAAUCUUACGGGAGGAAUUGAAAACCAAUCAUUUAACGACAGAAAAACUACCGAAGGAGUAUUGAAUGCCAAGUCAUAUGAGCAGGGAGGUUUUCAAUAUGCCUCAAGUGGAAGCAAUAAAAGAUCUUUGCAAAAUACAGAGACCUGGUUGGCGGAUUCGCGAAAGGAUGAUGCAACUCAAUCACAGCUCUUCGAUGAUUCGACUAGACCUUUCAACGGACAGUCAAUUCCAAAUCGCAACAAAAGCACUUCACGAGAGAGUUUGAAUGCUCAGGAAAAUCCUCCACAACCGGAAGAUGAGCCUAAGAGUUCCGGGGACUCUCUACACGACAGGAAGGGAAAAUUUAAUGACAUCAGUCCGAGUUCACGUCCAACUACCGACGAAAGCACACAAAUAAGCUCAAGUUUUUCGGGCUUCGAAUCAUUUUCCGACCUACGAAAGUUGUCACUUGAUGACGAAAGCCUUGGAAUUACCCAUACGGAAACUCGGGACUCACGAGCCACCAAGAAAUCGGGCAAUAAUACAGUCCUCAAUGACUUAUUUGCAGAUAUUGUACAAUCAACCGAGCCAUCGCUUCGACAUCUCGCAUCACAAAGCACGCUUAGCGAAUCAUCUAGUAUCAAAAUAACUAAGACCGCUCGGCGAGCAAAACGUAUGUCAACUCCCGUGGAAGAGCAGAGACAUCCUGGAAAACCGGGAUUAUGGAGUGAUAAAUUUAUGAAAAACAUAGAUGAACUCGUGGAAUGGGACUCUGCAGAACCAAACACGGGAUCAUUGAUUUCGAUUAGUAAUCCAGAAACCCUUGCCGGUCCAGGAAAUAAUGAUCAUUUUGACUCCCCGCGUGAGCAGCAACAGCUGGACGUUGAGCAUCCGGGGGCUAUUGCUUUGACAUUUCUUACAAUUGGACUAUGUCUAUCGGUGUUUUUGAUUUCUUUGGAUAGAACCAUUAUUACAACUGCAAUUCCAUAUAUCAGCGGAGAGUUCCAGUCAUACGCAGAUGUCGGGUGGUACGGAAGUGCAUACCUACUCACAGCAUGCGCGUUCCAACCUUUCUAUGGAAAAAUCUUCACUAGCUUUAGUAUCAAAUGGUCAUAUCUAGCCGCGAAUAUGACGUUUGAGAUAGGAUCCUUGAUAUGUGGAAUAGCGCCUAAUUCUUUAACAUUGAUUAUAGGUCGAGCCAUCGCUGGUGUUGGGAGUGCGGGUAUUCUGACCGGUUCUUUUGUUGUAGUCGCUCACAGUGUACCUAUGCACAAACGUCCUGUUUUUACGGCGGCGGUGGGUUUGAUGUUCGGAUUGGGAGCUACAGUGGGGCCAUUGCUUGGAGGAGUUUUCACCGAUCUCGUUACAUGGAGAUGGUGCUUCUAUUUUAAUCUUCCUGUUGGUGGUGUAACCAUCUUGGCUAUGAUUGUAUUCUUUAAUCCGAAGAACAAUAUGAUCACGAAAAUUUCGUUCGGUUCUAGAGUCUUGGAGCUAGAUAUUAUUGGAAAUUUUCUCUUGCUCGGUGCUUGCGUCAUGCUUUUCAUAGCUUUUCAGUACACCGAAGAGGGGUCCUCCUGGUCCAGCUCAAAGGUCAUCGGUCUCCUCGUCGGUUUCAGUGUAACUAUAGUAGUAUUUGGACUAUGGCUUUGGUAUCAAGGCGACAAAGCCCUUAUUCCACUUGACAUCCUCAAACAGCGCAGCGUACUAGCAAGCUGUCUCUUCUCAUUCUUCAUCUAUUCGGCCUUGAUAAUCCACAGCUAUUAUUUGCCGCAAUGGUUCCAAGCAAUCAAAAAUACUUCAGCCAUCACAUCCGGUGUUGAUAUGAUCCCCUAUGUAGUCUGCAACGCUUUCUUCUCACUCGUGGCCGGUAUCGUCGUCUCUAAAUCCGGAUACUUUACCCCUCCUACUAUUAUCGGUACUGCAAUCGCCACGAUAGGUUGUGGAUUGAUCAGCACACUCAAAACUGAUACCACCUCCGCCCAAUGGAUCGGCUACGAAAUACUAAGUGCAGCGGGUUUUGGCAUUGCGAUCCAACAAGGAUUCACUGCUGUUCAAACUGUCUUGCCUCUGGAAAAAGUACCCAUCGGUACCGCUGCCGUAGUUGCAUCGCAGUCUUUCGGCGGUGCGAUUUUUGUUUCUGUCGGUAAUACCAUUCUUCAGAACCAAUUGAAAUCUUCUGCGAAAAAUGGACAACUGCAAGGAAUUGAUAUCCAGGCUGUUUUGGAUGCUGGUGUUACUGGCAUUAGAUCUGUUGUCGAUGCUGAUCAAUUACCUGCGGUGUUGGCAGCAUAUAAUGGGGCAUUGCAGAAAGUUUUUAUUGCAGCGAUUCCUGUUACCGCGUUGGCAUUUGUAUCCUCCUUAUUUUUGGAAUGGAAGAGUGUUAAGACGAAAGAUUCUGCUGAACGGGUCUGA